AUGAGUAGCAGCACUGUGCUCAACACUCUUCGUUCGAAACACCCGAAGCUAGCUUUACUCCAAACCUGCUCCUCCUUCACCGACCUCAAGAUCAUCCAUGGCUUCCUCAUACGAACCCACCUCAUCUCCGACGUCUUCGUCGCCAGCCGUCUCCUCUCUCUCUCCUCCAACUCCACUGAAUACGCACACAGAAUCUUCUCCCAGAUCCAAAGUCCGAACCUUUUCGUCUUCAACCUCCUCAUCCGCACCUUCUCCACAAGCCCAGAAGCUAGCAAAGCUUACAACUUCUACACCCAGAUGCUGAGACUCUGCAUCCCCCCGGAUAACAUCACGUUCCCGUUUCUAAUCAAAGCCUCCGCUGAGAUGGAGUGCGUGAGAACAGGAGAGCAGAUUCAUUCGCACGUCGUUAGAUUCGGGUUCCAAAACGAUGUUUAUGUGGAGAACUCGCUUGUUCACAUGUACGCCACUUGCGGGUUGAUAGCAUCUGCUGGGAGAGUCUUCGGAGCGAUGUCGUUUCGAAAUGUGGUUUCUUGGACUUCGAUGGUGGAUGGGUAUUGCAAAUGCGGGUUGGUUGAUGACGCGCGAGAGAUGUUCGACGAAAUGCCUCACAGAAAUUUAGUGACGUGGAGUAUCAUGAUUAAUGGGUAUGCGAAGAGUAACCGUUUCGAGGAAGCGGUUGAGUUGUUCGAAGUGAUGAAACGUGAAGGCGUUGUCGCGAACGAGACGGUUAUGGUGAGUGUUGUUUCCUCUUGUGCUCAUUUGGGAGCGCUUGGGGUUGGAGUAAGGGCGCAUGAGUACGUGGUUGAGAAUGGCAUGGGUGUGAAUCUUGUUCUAGGGACGGCUCUUGUGGAGAUGUACUGGAGGUGCGGGGAGAUGGAGAAGGCGGUUAGUGUGUUUCAGGAGUUGGAUGAGAAGGAUAGCUUGAGCUGGAGUUCGAUUAUCAAAGGCCUUGCGGUGCACGGACAUGGUCACAAGGCGGUUGGUUACUUCUCUGAAAUGGUUAGGUUAGGUUUUGUGCCUAGAGAUGUUACGUUCACUGCUGUUCUUUCUGCUUGUAGUCACGGUGGGUUAGUUGAGAAAGGUUUUGAAAUAUAUGAGAUGAUGAAAAGAGUAUAUGGGAUUGAGCCUAGAUUAGAGCAUUAUGGUUGUAUUGUUGACAUGCUUGGCCGUGCUGGAGAGCUAGCAGAAGCUGAGAGGUUUAUCGAAAAAAUGCCGGUGAAGCCGAAUGCUCCUAUAUUAGGAGCUUUGCUUGGAGCGUGUAAGAUUUAUAAGAACGCUGAGGUGGCGGAAAGAGUAGGAAACAUGUUGUUAGAGGUGAAACCAGAGCACAGUGGUUACUAUGUCCUGCUCUCGAAUAUCUACGCGUGUGCAGGGAAAUGGGAGAAGAUCGAGAGGUUGAGGGAGAUGAUGAAGGAGAAGCUUGUUAGGAAACCGCCAGCGUGGAGUUUGAUAGAGAUUGAUGGGAAGAUAAACAAGUUCUCCAUGGGAGAUGAUCAUCCUGAAAUGGGUAAGAUCAGAAGGAAGUGGGAAGAGAUUUUGAGGAAGAUAAGAUUGGUAGGGUAUAAGGGGAACACAGAGGAUGCGUUUUUCGAUGUGGACGAGGAAGAGAAGGAGAGUGCAAUUCAUAUGCAUAGCGAGAAGCUUGCGAUUGCGUAUGGUAUGAUGAAGACAAAGCCUGGUACAGUUAUUAGGAUAGUGAAGAACUUGAGGGUGUGUGAGGAUUGCCAUACGGUAACAAAGCAUAUCUCUGAGGUUUAUGGUAGAGAGUUUAUUGUAAGAGAUCGGAACAGGUUUCAUCAUUUUAGAAAUGGAUUGUGUUCAUGCAGAGAUUAUUGGUGACAGUUGCUUCACUUCUUUAUGUUUUUGUAUUUCUUAUGGAGGAUCUGUGAUUUUCAAUAGCAUAGUAUGUUACAUUUUUUUGUAACCACCUUUUAUAUUCUAUGAUUCUACAUUUUUUAUA